UUUUUCACAUUCUGUAUGAAUUUGUAUUGUUGGAUUACUCGAAUUUCAGUGGGACUUAUCAGCACUCGGUUUUUAACAGUAAUUCACAUGCAUAGUGAUUUUCUAAACACUUUUCAAAAUAUGACUGAUGAGCAAUUGGCAAUGAAUAAAACAUGGACAGACGAGGAGCGUUUGGCUUUGGCCGCAAAAUUAGAUGAAGAGCUAGACGCAUUCAUCGACAGUUUAGAAAAGAAACGAUAUGAAGAAGGUUGGCCGGAAGAUCGUUGGCAAGAAGAAAUGGAUAAACAUCCAUUCUUCAUGAAGAAAGCUCCACAGCCUGGUGACGAAGUGCAUCCAAUGUUCGAAGGGCUGCAGAAAUUAAAAUACGACCCGGAAGAGAACACUGCUGAGGAGCUUGCUCUUAAUUAUAAAGAAGAUGGUAAUUUUUAUAUGAAACAUAAAAAGUUUCGCACUGCAAUAUAUAGCUUUACUGAGGGUUUAAAAGCUAAAUGUGAUAAACCGGAAGUGAAGUCAGUGCUGUAUAAUAAUCGUUCAGCAGCGCAUUUCUUUAUCAAGAAUUAUCGAUCAGCACUUAGUGAUGCUCAACGCGCUCUCGAAUACAAUAUUGAUUAUACAAAAGCUCGUUGGCGUGCCGCUCAAUGUGCCUUUUAUUUGAACAAAUUAGAAUUGUGUUCCCAAUUGUGUGAAGAAAUGCUAGACCGAGACGAAAACACCAAAGAAGCCAGAGAUUUGUUAAAGAAAAGUAAAACGAAAAAGUUGGAAAUUGAACGUGAUCUACGCAAAGAAGCUGCGGAAACAAAGAACCGUCUUGGGCGAUUACAACGCUUGUUUGAUGCGUUACAAUUACGAUCCAUUAAAUUCGAUGAUCAGAAGAAAAAUAUGCCCAUCACAGAAGAGUUGCUGCAUCCGAAAUUCUUACCUUUAGAAGAUCAUCCAGUGCAUUUAGACGAUGACAAUGAGACUCUAAUAUGGCCAGCAGCUUUUUCUUAUCCAGAAUUUUUAUUUAGCGAUUUUCAACAAGAACUGCCGGAGAAUGCAAUGAUGGAAGAUUGCGUAAACGCUUUAUUCAAGGAGCCAUUACCAUGCGACAAAUCUAAUAGAUAUCGUUCUGGUAAUAUAAACGUCUACUAUGAGAAUCGUAAAGUGGGUUGUGUGCAUAAAGUUGAUUUAAAUAAGACCAUUAACGAAAUUUUGAAUGAGAAGGGGUUCUUUGUCACUGGUGGUUCGCUGUUGUUUUAUAUUGUGCCGAAAAACUCACGGGUCGAACAAGAGUUCGUUAAUCAGCAGAGGAGACCAUUGAUAUAUGCGUAAAUUAAUUUACGUAUACGUCCAUAUCAAUACUUAGGCUAAAGAUUGUAUAUUUGUAUGUGUGUUCACGUGUUUAAAAAAAUGCUACGUACAUGGAUUAAACAUUUAUAUGAACCCCCCAAUUUUCGUAUUGCCCUUUCGAACUAAAAGAGGUAGAGUUUAUGUGC